AUGUCAACUAAUGGAUAUGGUCAUGGAAUGGCUCGUGCAGCUUCUCAUGCAGGAUCAUGGUAUUCCAGUAAUCCUAAGGAGCUAGACCGUCAAAUAAGUCGAUGGCUGGACGCUGCCGGUGAUCGCGUUGGUGCAGCAAGAGCAAUAGUCUCACCACAUGCUGGAUAUUCAUAUUGUGGAGAUACUGCAGCUCAUGCCUUCAAGCAAAUCGUGCCUGAAAAUGUUGAUCGCGUCUUCGUAUUAGGACCAUCCCACGUUGUCUGCCUAAAUGGAUGUGCUCUUACUACUUGUAGUAAAUAUCGUACACCGAUUGGCGACUUGCACAUUGAUAUGGAAGUUAAUGAUGAACUACGAGCCACACGUCAAUUCGAUCUUAUGGACAGGAGUGAUGAGGAGGCGGAACACAGUAUUGAGAUGCAAAUGCCGUUCAUUGCUAAGGUUAUGGAAGGAAAUCCUAAUGUGACCAUAAUACCGGUCCUAGUCGGCUCGUUAACACCUCCCAAACAACAGGCAUAUGGGAAGAUUUUUGCCAAUUACUUGGAGAAUCCGCGUAACCUAUUUGUUAUAUCGUCCGACUUCUGUCACUGGGGUAAUCGUUUUCACUUUGCUCCUCAUAAUCCGAACAGCGGUCUUGCCAUAUAUGAGCAGAUUACUCAACUCGAUAGAGAUGGUAUGGAUGCUAUAGAGACAUUAAAUCCACAAAUAUUCAACGACUACCUGAAGCGAACUCAAAAUACGAUUUGCGGCAGGAAUCCAAUCACAGUCAUGCUUCAGGCUGCGGAACACUUCAGGAUGAUGAAUAAUCAUACCCACGAAUUCCGUUUUCUGAAGUAUUCUCAGUCAAAUAAGGUUCGUUCAAGACGGUUCCUUUUUCAGUUAUGA